AUGCAUCUCAUCCUCACCGGCGCCACGGGCCUAGUUGGCUCCGGCGUCCUCGACGCUAUGCUCGCCAUGAAAGAAGUCACCAAAAUAUCCAUCUUAAGCCGACGACCAGUCAAAAUGGCCGAGGACGCCCAAGAUCCCCGAGUGAAGGUCAUCAUCCACCCCGAUUUUGAAACCUACGACCCAACAGUCCUCUCCCAGCUGCAGGGGGCAACAGGCUGCGUAUGGGCUCUGGGUAUCAGCCAAACAAAAGUCAACAAAGAGGAGUACAUCAAAAUCACCAAAACCUACGCCCUCGAAGCCGCAAAAGCCUUCCGCACUCUCCCUCCGCCAAACCAGCCCUUCCACUUCGUCUAUGUCUCCGGCACAGGCGCCACCACACAGCCUGGCUUCUUCGCUUCACUCUUCGCCCGCGUCAAGGGCGAGACCGAGCUGGAACUCGCAGAGCUACGUCGCGAGACCCCACUGUUUAGGACGAGUUCCGUCCGGCCGGCGUUUAUAGACCAUGCGCACCACGACGCGAUCAAAAAGUACCUUCCCCCGCGGCCUACAUAUGAGAAGCUGUUCCAGCCCUUUGGGCCUGUAUUUCGGGCAGCGAUGCCGGGGCUGUGUAGUCCGACGGAGCAUCUGGGGAGGGUUCUGACGGAGAUGGCGAUGGGGAGGUAUGAAGAUCGGUUGGUUGGGGGGAAGGAUGUGCAGAUGGUGGGGGAGAUGCCUAUCCUCGAGAAUACGGCGUUUCGGCGGUUAGCUGGGUUGAGUUCGUGA